AUGGCCGAUUCCAAGUCGACUCGUUUGAAAAGAUGGUUCCGUCAAACGCUCGGAUCUCAAGAUAACACUUUUAUACCGCAUCAAACGGAUAAUUGUGUCCACCACCCCUCCGUUUCGGAAUGUGCGUCAGCUGCCCUUGCCGGCGAAAGUCAGUCCCAGCCACAGAAUCCAUCUUCUCCGCAAGACCUAUGGAAGUCUGCCUUUGAUCAACUGCUUGCGGAGGAAAAAAAAGCUCUACGAACGAGCGUUGUAUCUUCUACUACCGAUGCGAUCAACAAUGUCAUCGAGACCACAAAAGAAAAAUAUGAGGAAUACCAAGAGAAAGGGGGGAUCAGAAUUCGGAAGUCAACGGGAGAAGAAGUCAACAUUCGAAAAAUGGCGAAAAAUCAUUAUGACCGUCGAGAUGCCUUGUUCGAGUCCUCAGAGUACCUUGCAGAGGCUCUUGCGCGAUGCGCAUAUAUCGAACAGAAAAUCUGCCACAAUCGACCGGAUGGAGACGACUUGGUGACACAAGCCAUAAUUACACUCUACAGAACAAUUCUUCAGUACGCAGCAAAAGUCAUGGCUAGCCACAAUAUGAGUACCGGGGGCAAGUUGCUCGACAGUGUUACGGCAACAACCGCCCAGUAUAUCACGGAGUUUCGGUACUCUAUUGAGAAGGAGGAACAAAAGCUGUUCCACUUUGCUCAGUUACAAACAAUUGAGGAAAUCGAGAGGAUCACAGCGUUCACACAAACACAGAAUGAGAAGGCUACAGAGGAGAUCCUGACUGCCAUCGAUGACAAACUAUCAAAAUCCCUCAAUGCCCUGAACCUACGUUUCAGUCUACCUAUUGCUGCGAAUGCAUUCUGGAACUCAUACCAACAUGAGGAUCUAUGCCAUGAAGACACCAGAGUUCAGACGCGCUCCCAAAUAGCACAGUGGGCAGACUCAGUUGAAAACGAGUGUAUCUUCUGGUUGAACGGCGGGGCGGGAACUGGAAAAUCCACUAUUGCUCGGACUGUUGCGCAGGCCUUCGAAGCCAAGGGCCAGCUGGGAGCCAGCUUCUUCUUCAAAAGAAAUGAACCCGACCGCGGCAAUGCAAGACGACUUAUACCUACCAUUACAAAGGAGCUUAUCAAGCAAAACAAGGACCUCGCGUCUGGUGUUCUGAAAGCGAUUGAGCACGACCCGCAAAUCGCCGCGAAGGACGUCACGGAACAAUUCAACAAGCUGCUUCUCGAACCUUUGAAAAAUGUCGCUAUGUACCCAAGCAGAACACUGGUGAUUGUGAUCGAUGCGUUGGACGAGUGUGAGAAUAAUAAAGAAAUUGGAACAAUCCUUCAGUUUCUUCCGCGGGUGCGAGAGCCCAGUAGCAUGAGGUUGAAGAUUUUCCUGACGAGCCGGCCGGAGUUGCCACUCCGACGUUUCUUCGAAAAGGAGAGUUCUCACCAAGGCUUGAUCCUUGAAAGAAUUGCCGAGGAAGCCAUUAAAGAAGACAUCAUGCGGUUUCUAGAACAUCGUUUCGCGGAGAUCGGAAGACAAGCGAACACCGGCAAAGACUGGCCAGGUGACGAGGUACUUGAAGCUCUGGCGACAGCGUGUAUGCCGUUAUUCAUUUCCGCUGCUACGAUAUGCCGAUUUAUCGAACAGUCAGGAGAAGACCCAGUAGAACGUCUUGCCGAUAUUCUGAACGAUCAACGCAGAUAUGUGACGAAAAUGGACAAGACAUAUGGCCCUAUUCUUGACCGGAUACUUCGUGAACGAGACGAGGAUGAACAAGAGAAGCAAGUCACGCGGUUCAAGCGAAUAUUCGGUGUGAUUAUUCUCCUUUCUGUCCCUCUUCCAAUCAACGCGCUUUCCGAAUUUGUUGGCAUCAGCGCCAGAUCCGUCGAGUUCCUGUUGGAUUCCUUUCACUCAGUCCUGAGAAUACCUGACGAACAAGACCUUCCAGUCCGCAUUCUGCACCUGUCUUUUCGAGAGUAUCUCCUUACCACACAAUCAUGCUUUCAUAGCGAAAACAAUUCCGAGUAUUCAGAGUUCUUAACUGACGCGCACCGGUUUAUCCUUCAGAAUAUUCAGAUGGCUAAUGGUGCCCCGCUCCAACUUUACGCCUCAGGGUUGGUAUUCACACCAACAUCAAGUUUGGUUCGACAAAUAUUUGGGAAACAAUAUUCGCCAUGGAUACGUGCGCUACCACGAAUGCACAAGUCAUGGGGUGCGAACAGACAGACUCUAGAGGGCCAUUCAUGUUCAGUUCAGGCCGUGGCCUUCUCGUCAGAUGGUCGAACUAUCGCCUCAGGCUCCACUGAUAAGACCAUCAAGCUCUGGAAUGCUGAGACAGGUGAGCAGCGACGGACUCUAGAGGGCCACUCAAAUUUAAUUUGGGCUGUGGCCUUCUCGCCAGAUGGUCGAACUAUCGCCUCAGGCUCUAACGAUAAGACCAUCAAGCUCUGGAAUACGGCGACGGGUAAGCAGCGACAGACUCUAGAAGGCCGUUUACGUUUGGUUUGGGCCGUAACCUUCUCGCCAGAUGGUCGAACGAUCGCCUCAGGCUCCACAGAUUUCACUAUCAAGCUCUGGAAUACGGCGACGGGUGAGCAACGACAGACUCUAAAAGGCCAUUCAAGUGCAGUUCAGGCCGUGGCCUUCUCGCCAGAUGGCCAAACUAUUGCCUCAGGCUCCUACGAUAAAACUAUCAUGCUGUGGUAUGCCGAGACAGGCGAGCAGUGA